ACUCUGUUGAAGGACCCCAAGCUAUCCAGUGUUGUUUUGAACCCUCAUACUAAGAGCGCAGUUAAACAAAAGGCUGUGAACGAUGCCUUAGCAAAAGAGAAGAUGUCACCUAUUACUGUCAACCUGAUGAAUUUACUGGCUGAAAACGGUCGCUUGCGCUACACUCCAGACAUUGUGUCUGCGUUUGGGAAGAUCAUGAGUGCAUACCGAGGAGAAGUGCUCUGCACCGUUGUAACUGCGCAGCCCUUGGAUGAUGCCAGCGUGACUGAGCUAAAAAGUGCUCUGAAUGGAUUCUUGGCUAAGGGAGAGGUCUUGAAGCUGGAGACCAAGACUGAUCCAUCAAUCCUUGGUGGCAUGAUUGUCAAUAUUGGGGAGAAGUACGUGGACAUGUCAACAAGGUCAAAGAUCCAGAAACUCACCAAAAUCAUGAGAGAGACUGUCUAGCAAGCCCUCCUUGUCAUUCACAGUGAAACCUGUCAGAUGGAACAAUAAAAUUAUGUCUUCU